AGUUGGUUUUUGGUCUUCUACUAAAACUGCCUACAAAAAUGAAGGUAUUGAUUGUGGUUGCCUUGUCGUUAGUAGCUGUCGCUAAUUGCCGACCCGAUGUAUCCCAUUUAAUACCUACUGGUAGUUAUUUGCCGGUAGCGCCACCUUCUGGCAAUUAUUUACCGAGCGAUUCGCCUUAUGGAUCAGACAAAGACGAAAAGCACGUAUACUUUUAUGGUUCCGAUGAGGAUCAUUACGUGCGGUUCAAGGUUAACGUCGUACCAGCAUCGCAUAAGAACACCAAGAUCAUCUUCGUAAAAGCACCUGGAUUUGGAAUCGUUCCAGAAGUCGUCGCACCUCCAUCACAAGCAGAAGACAAGACCUUGGUGUACGUAUUGGUAAAGAAACCGCAAGAUGGAUCCAUCAGCAUUCCAACUGGUCUCGGCGUCAAGCAAGAGAAACCCCAAGUGUUCUUCAUCAAAUACAACAGCAAGCAAGAUGCCGCGUCCCAAGUAAGCGCCGGUGCACAAGGACAACAAGUUGGGCAUAGCGUUCCGGAUUUGGGUAGUGAAAGCGCAUUCGUAGGUACUUUGGGCAACGGCGCCCAAGCUAACGGACACUCGGGUGGUGGAUACCCAUCGGGAGGACCAAGCAACGGACAAACUGAAGUAAAUAUUCUUCCCGAUGAUAAUCAUAGCGGACCAUAUUAA